AAUGCAAUAGCAGCAGCAGUGCGUCUCUGUUUGAUGGUGACAGUGUUGGCAGCAGAGCCGGACAAGGAAGAUGAUGACGGAGCGACAGUGGCGGUGCCCAAGUGCCGGCGCGACAGCCCAGACCUGGACGAGUGCCUCCAGCGCGCCCUGCAGGCGUCUCUGCCGCUGCUGCUGCGAGCUGAGGUGGAGUCGAAGAACGUGCUGCACGGCGUGAAGAGCAUGAAGGAGGGCCGUCAGUACGUGGACGUGCACCUGGACGGCGACAUCCUCAGCGUGGCGGGGCUCAGCGUGCGCUUCCACGGACUCUUCACCGGCGACAAGGACAAGGAGGAGCAGGCGAACCGGCUGCUGAACGAGCACUGGCAGCAGCUGUGGUCGGCGCUGGAGCCUGCGCUGGACGCAGCCUACAACAGGCUGCUCUCUGAGAUCUCGGGGAAGGCACUCGCCCAGCUGCCGCUCGCCGCCAUCCUAGACGACCCUUGAGGCGCCGCUGCCUUUGCAUCGCUACCAACUUUCUA